AUGAACACAGGCAGUGCCACCACACCGUCAGAUACACCGGACCGCAAACAUUCCCGUCCCUCUCGGAGAAGACCACCCGACUCUAAGCUCAAAGCAAAGCUUGAGGAGCACAUGAAGACCACUACGGAGGUUUUGGCAAAGAAGCUCAAGGCUAUGCAGCACUUCCAGCUCGCUAAGACGCCAGAGGAGCGAGGUUCCCAGGAGUACCCGGAAGAGCUGCCGUAUGUUACGUUCCUUAGUGUGACGUGUCGAGUGCGUGUUUUUAGGAACUCCGUCGCGUUCGCGUUUAACCAGCAGGAGCCCACCUUUAGGGUGCACGGCAAGUGUAGUGUAGAUCAUAAGCACACGCCGAAGCCAAAGCCAAAGCCGAAAUAG